AAGCCCCAUUAAAAAAAUCAGUGAGGAAUAAAACCAGUUAGGAAUUGAUAGCACCACGAGCGACACGACAUACAAAAACUGCACCCUGGCAAUAUCAAUUCCACGUGGCACAAUCUCCAGUCUUCGCCGCGUGGCAAGCAAAAUCCAGGUAGUUGCCGCCGGCCGCAAAAGCCACCGUCCCCGCCACACCAUACCCCAUUAUCGUCUCAGUCUGAACUUUGACCACCGAAGCGCAGAGAGAGAGAGUAGCAAAGACCAAAGAGGCGAAGACCCCGUCAAUAUGACCUCGUCUACUCUUCUCCUCCCCCUCAGAACCCUCGCGCCUCUAUUUUCUCGCUUCCCGGACACUCUCCACGUCGCCGGAUAGGGUACUAUUGGCGCCGGGCGCGUGCCCGAUGGAUCCACAGGUCGCCGCCGAGAAGGCCGUCUCCGUCAUCGGCUACGGCUACGAUCUCUCCGCCGAUAUCCGGCUGCCCUCCUGCAAGCCCGGUCCGGCCGGGUCGCGGCUCGUCGAGCUCGACCUGACCCGGAACCGGGACCUCGUUGUCCCAGGAGGCAUCGUCGUCCCCGACGUGCCCGUCGCCAUCAAGUGCGACAAGGGCGAGCGCACUCGAUUCCGCUCUGAUGUUCUUUCGUUCAGUCAGAUGUCGGAGCAAUUCAAUCAGGAAUUUUCUUUAUGUGGGAAAAUUCCAUCUGGGUUGUUUAACGCAAUGUUCAACUUCAAAUUUGGGUGGCAGAAGGAUGCCUCUGCCACGAAGAGUCUUGCAUUGGAGGGCUGGUUUAUUACUCUGUACAACAUUGAGUUAGCAAGGUCCCAAUUUACAUUGUCAGAGCAUGUGAAACGAGAAGUUCCUUCUUCAUGGGAUCCUGCAGCCCUUGCUGAGUUCAUUGAAAAAUAUGGUACUCAUAUAGUUGUUGGGGUAAAGAUGGGAGGUAAAGAUGUGAUUCACGUUAAGCAGCAACAAAAUUCAAAUCUUCAAUCAACUGAAGUGCAGAAACUGCUGAAGGAGUUUGCUGAUGAUAAAUUUUCAGUAGAUGCAAAUGGAAGCUUUUUGUUGAGCCAUAAGGAAAUCUCAGGAAAGCAGAAGGAUGAACAUUCUAUCACCUGGAAUCUCCAUCCAGAACUUCCAAACAUAAUCAGACCGCCUGUCAUUACUCACUCAAAGAAUGAUGAUACAGAGAUCAUUCAUGUUCGACGGGGAGGUGUUGAUAAUGGUCAAAGUCAUAAGCAGUGGCUUCCAACUGUAUCAGAGUCACCUAAUGUCAUAUCAAUGUCUUUUGUGCCGAUAACUUCGCUUUUAAGUGGUGUUGAGGGAAUUGGAUUUCUAGUUCAUGCAGUGAAUCUGUACCUCCGGUAUAAACCACUGAUAGAGGAACUUGAUCAAUUUCUUGAAUUCCAAUUACCUCGGCAGUGGGCACCGGCGUAUAAUGAUCUCCCGCUCACUCUUCAGCGCAAGAAGCAUGUGUCCCCAUCACUUCAGUUCAGCUUUAUGGGUCCCAGGCUUUAUGUGAACACUGUAAAGGUUGAUUCUGGAAAUCGACCAGUGACUGGAAUCCGCUUAUACUUGGAAGGGAAGAAGAACAACCGCCUGGCAAUCCAUCUCCAGCAUCUCUCAAGUCUUCCCAAGACCCUCCAGCUCUCAGAAGAUCGCACCUAUGAACCUAUUGAUGAGCCAAUAGACCGAGGCUACUUUGAACCUGUUAAGUGGAGCAUAUUCUCACAUGUAUGCACUGCCCCGGUCCAAUACAAUGGAGCCCAUAUUGGUGAUUCUGCUUCAAUUGUGACGAAGGCCUGGUUUGAGGUUAGGACAAUGGGGAUGAAAAAAGUCCUGUUCCUGAGGCUUGGGUUCUCAAUGGUAGCAUCUGCCAAGAUCCGUAGGUCAGAAUGGGAAGGACCGACAACUUUGUUUCAAAAAUCAGGGGUUCUCUCCAUGCUGAUCAGCACAAGGUUAAGUGCAGGACUGGCUCCAGUUCAGAAGCCCGUACAAGUCGAUUUGAAUUCUGCGGUUUUUCCUGGAGGCCCUCCCUCACCAGCAAGGGCACCAAAGAUGUCGAACUUUGUGGACACAAAAGAAAUGGUGAGGGGACCUCAGGACACUCCUGGAUAUUGGGUGGUCACUGGGGCAAGGCUGUAUAUAGAGGGAGGAAGAAUCAGGAUAAAAGUGAAGUAUUCACUGUUGUCUAUGGUGACAGAUGAUCUUUUAUCCAUGUGAGAAAACCUUACUUAGAAAAGAAAAUGCCUUCAUUUUUUUGUACAUUGCUGUAUACGUGUCUGUUCGCUCUGUAUUGUUACAUGCAAAAUCUGGAAAAUUAGCUUCAAUAGAAUGUCACAGCAGCUGAACUGGCUUGCUCCUGUUAUUUUAGUGUUUCUGGAAAACUAUAUCUUUACUAAUGAUAUUUUGUGGUACAAA